UUCCUCGAAUUAUCCUGUAUUUAUUGCUGGGCCUCAGCCAACGGCUAUUCUCUCGUGGUUCUUCAUGGCAAUGGCUCUGCAUCCGCAAGUUCAAGCCAAGGCACAAGCCGAGAUCGAUAAAGUCGUCGGCAACGAGCGACUCCCGCGAAUUGAGGACAGAGAAUCCCUGCCACAUGUUUUGGCCGUCAUGAAAGAAAUGUUUAGGUGGCAGCCAUCUGUUAGAUUGCGUACGAGAGUCCGUUUCCCGCCAGCGCUCACCUCUGACGCUGAUUAUGGUUUGGUGCCACAUGCUGCGAGCAAGGACGACGAGUAUCAGGGCUACUUCAUUCCGGCCAAGACGACGCUCAUCGCCAAUGUCUGGGCUAUUAUGCACGACGAAAGCGUGUAUCACGACGCCGACAAGUUCAUCCCGGAGCGGUUCUCAGAGGAAGGAGCACCUGACUGUCUCGACUACGCCUUUGGCUUCGGUCGACGUGGCUGUCCGGGGGUACUCGUCGCGCAAGCGCAUGCGUUCGUGUCGAUGGCAACGACCUUGGCGACGUUCAACAUCACGAAAGCGCGCGAUGCAAGAGGGAAAAUCAUCGAAGUCAAAGCCGAAAAUACCCCCGGAACCGUCAACGCCCCUGCACCGUUCAAGGUUUCUCUACAACCUCGUUCUGAAGCAGCUGUAGACUUGAUCCACCGUUCCGUUGAGCACUCGAAGACUCUGUCGGAAAGGUUGGAAGUUUUCAGUCUGGACGAAUAGUUUCAGUGUCUUGCACCGGGUGUUUACUCAUGUUCGCGUCCCCAUCCUGUUGCGGGUAUUAUAAACUUUACGACCAGUACACCGGAUGAAAGUGCUCAAAUCAGGCUUCUGUGAAGCAACUCC